UUCAGACAGCCUCUGCCAUAAACGCACAGCGCACAAACGUCCGAAAGCAAUCAUGGCGGGACAUUCGCAGUCGUUUCAAUGCUCACUGCAAAUCGUUCGCAAAUUCCCCCUUCGAAGAUACGCUGCUUACGUACCGAACGAGAAAGAAGGCCCUCCGAGUGACAAGGGUACUUGGAAGGUGAUUGUCAGCACUACUAACGAUCCGCUCUUCCUAUACAUUACGGAUACGGACAUGAUGGUUGUCAACCAAGGAUCUAUCAGUCACGAAUGUGUAUUUUUGCUAAACUCAAAGGACUGGGUCCGCGGAGUCAUGAAGGGUGACAGCAUCCUGCUUCUGUCUCGCUUUCAUGGCAACAACGAACGGAGGUUCAGAGUGGAGUUUGACAGGUUUGCCGACAAGACUGGAGUGGAGCAGUGUCAGCUUUGCACAGACUUGCUGUCACAAUACUUUCCAUUUCAUGAACGAUCUGAAAUUGCAGCUACGAGGAACACGGGCAUCAACUCAACUGAUUUUUUCAAGCAACAGUUUGAAUCACCUGAAGUACUCCGUGAAAUCGUCAAGUCCUGCCUACAAGAUCCUUCGUUCCCAAACUUUGUUAAGCAAGUAGAUGAAACCUUGCAAAGCCUGCUAAGUAAGCCAUAAACCACCACAUUAUACAUGAAGAACUGCAGCUUGCAGACAGGUUUUUGUAGGUCAAAGAAUGUUCUGAAUGUGAACAGUAUGUAUGUGCAGGGCAAGUACAGUACUAGUACUCAAAGUGUCUUGCACUGAGCUUCUAAAGGUCCAAUUUUUUUAUGACGUUAACAAUGAGUAAAAUACUACCACACUGUGUAAAUGCAAUGUUUCAUACUUUAUUAUGUUCUUUGUACAAUGAGUUAUAUGUACAAGCAUGAAUAAAAAUUCAUGCAACCGA